AUGCGGAGAGAAGGGCUUAUAGACAAGAUCCUUGACGCGGUCCAGUGGGAGUCGUGGAACCUCCCCUCUUGGAUGCUUCUCACGUAUCGCUACAAUCUGUGGGUAAAACGACAUAAGGAAAACAUGUCCGCCAAGCUCAAUACCCCGUACGAGGACAUGAGCAUUGCGAUUGUCUGCAGUGCGAUUAAGCGGGGGAAUAUCACAGAGUUGGACAGUGUGCUGAAGCAAGGUCACCUUCCAUUACAUAAAUGGUGUCACCGAUGGGGAGUGUUACCCCUACAUUUUGCUGCUCAGCACGGUACGAAAGAGGUUAUCAAGGUCUUGAUCAGGCAUGGAGUUCCACGACAUUAUUACUUAGGGUACCACUAUCGGUAUGCGUUGGCUGUUGCCGCGCAGAAUAUCAAUGAGGGGGCGUUAGAGGCUUGGGUUGAGAAUCCGAAUCCUCCACUUGAUUGUCGGUAUCCGAACACUGUCUGUAAUCAUCAUGUUGGUGUGUCACUUGACCUGCGCAAAGCGAUGAGGACUGUUGUAAGAGAAGGGAAUAUGGAAAUGAUCCGGUUCAUUGAGAAGCAAUUUCCGCGAGACAUGGGAAUGGAAUCUCUCCUGUUUGAAGGAGUCACAGUGGCAAUCCAGUAUGGUCUACCAGAUGUUAUUCGUCAUUUCUUGGAGCUGGGAGGGUUUGAUAUCCACAUGCAUACGGAGAGUUUCUUCAAGGGACUGCUUAUGACAGCCAUCCUUGACUGCAAUGCUAAAACCAGGCCGCAGGUUGUUCGGUUACUUCUGGAGUACGGAGUUAAUCCAAAUCAAACAUUCAGUGAAGGGAGACAAAGAGUGUCAGGGACGCCACUGCAGAGGGCUAUCCUCAGAGACGAUGUCGAAACGAUGAGAGCUCUUGUGGAAUAUGGGGCUGAUGUUAAUGCCACUUCCGUGGGAAGACAUGGUCGUUCAAACGCCGUGUUCAGCCUGCCGCCACUGAUUCUUGCAAUGAGGCGAAGAUCUGCAGAGAUGGUCCGAAUUUUGUUAGAAAAUAGAGCUAAUCGAAUGUGCUUGUCAAGACGGCAGACACUUUUGAUGAAGACGGGGGAAGAGAAGCUAUUGGAUGACGAUAUUGUGAUUUGGAAUGGAAUGGACCAGGGGGAGACAUACUCUUUCGUCGUUGUUAAGCAGCGUCCAAGGAAGAGGAAAGUGAAGAAGCUUGAUAACUGA